AUGUCUAAAACUAUGAAGAGUUUCAAAAGCACUGUACAUCAGCUUCAAGAAAUACUUAAAAAAAAGUCAACAAAAAAUCGUCGUGCUCUAGCAAUUCAAAACAAAUCAGAUAAGCCCUGGCUCGAUCUUCAAUUUCAUGAUGUUAAUCGAAGAUCGAUCAAAAUGCCACAUGACUUGGAAAAUGACAUGAAAGAACCACCAACGCUAAUCGAUGAAAGGAUAUUAGAUCGAAUACAAGGAUCUAUAAUAGGAAUGGCAAUAGGUGAUGCUCUUGGUGCACAUGUUGAAUUUCGUCCUCGUCAAUUUUUGGUUGAAUAUCCUGUUACUGAUUUUCAAGCAGGAGGAACGUGGGGUCUUAAGAAAGGACAGUUCACCGAUGACACUUCUAUGGCCCUUUGUUUAGCUAACUCACUGGUAUCCAAAGGUGAUUUCAGUCUCUAUGAUCAGCUAGUUCGUUAUAAAUGGUGGUUUACACAAGGAUACAUGUCAUCAACCGGAAAAUGUUUUGAUAUUGGUACGGCUACGAGUCAAUCAUUACAAGAAUUCGAACAGCGUCAAGCGGUUUUUGCUCAGAAACAUAACAUCCCUCCUGAACAAAUAGACUAUAUUUCCGGUGAAAAAAACCUCAUCAAUGAAUUUGACGUCUAUUGCAGUGAGGAUGGAGUCGCUGGUAAUGGAGCUCUUAUGCGUCUUGCACCAGUACCACUCUUUUUCUAUCGUUUUCCACCAUAUGCUGUUGAAUAUUCAGGUCAUAGUGGACAGAUCACUCAUGGUGAUAUAAAAGCUUAUGAUGCAUGUCGUUACUAUGGUGCUCUCAUUGUUGCUGCUCUUCAAGGUUACAGAAAAGAUCAACUUCUUGAUAAACAGUUUUAUGCUAAACAUACGGAUUGGUUUAGUGGAAAACCUCUUUGUAAUGAGGUUAAACAAAUCGCUGAAGGUUCUUAUAAAAAACCAGGUGGAUAUGAUGAUGGAAUUCGAGGUAAAGGAUAUAUUAUUAAUGCUCUUGAAGCAGCUUUAUGGGCUUUUUGGUCUGAUGAAAAUUCAUUUGAGCGAGGUGCUUUAGCCGCUGUAAAUCUUGGUGAUGAUACUGAUACAACUGCUGCCAUAUAUGGUCAAUUAGCUGGUGCUUACUAUGGCUACAAAAAACUACCUCAACGUUGGCUUCGAUAUGUCUAUGCUAAGAAAUUUAUGUUAAACUUGAGCAACUGGAUUGCUUAUGAAGGAGAAAUGUGGCAACCAUCAGAAGAAUUAUCUCCAGAUAUCUCAUCUGCACCACAUCAACCUUAUUCGAAUGAAAUGAGUACUAAAAUAAUUGCACAUGAUCCGAACUUAAAUAUAUACCCGACGCGGAGGGGCGGUGCUAUUUCUACUGUUCAUUUACCGGAACAUAAUGAGGCAGCAGGUGCAGAAAAAUACGAAAAUCCAAGAAGACUUCGCUAUAUUUAUUCAGAUGAGUCUACGAAUCAUCCAAUCUCGUCGCCAACGUUGCCAAGGAAUAAAGAAAGGGUUAAACAUCAUAAUAUGACCUCACAUUUUACUUUUGGACCUCAAUCUGAGGAAGUGAUUAACACAGCGUCUCUCAACAGACCAAGAUCGAAUAUAUAUUCUUCACAAAUUGAAGAAUCUUUUUACCCAGUUAAUUCAAUCAAUUAUUCUGGAAAAACACCACAUGACAAUAAGCUGCAUAAAUUGUCACUGCGCGAGACCAAAUCAAUUACUACCGCAGGUGAAUGUGCUGCUUCAAUGCGAACAACUUUGAUGCAAAGACCAUCUGUCCUAGAUGAUAAGAAUUCGAAAAUGCCAGUCGAAUCGUCUGAAAACAUAACAUUUUCAAGUCGAGCUCCACCACAAAAUCCAGCACCGAUAAAUCAUUUCAAUGUGAAUAAACAUGGUGACCUUAUGACACGAGAACAAAACUACCUUCCACAAGACACUGUUCCUUUGCCGCAAUCUGCUAUGAGGAACUCAAAAGGUACAUCGUCGACAUCGAAUACAUCUCAAUUCCGUACACACGAAACUCCUAAAAAAUUACAGCGUCUUGAUCAACCAAUGCCUGAUGAUUAUCGGUCUUCCGUUACCAAUGAUAAACAAACUAAGGACAACCGAUUACCACCGAUAUCAACAGCUGAUCCUGUAGCUCCAACACAAACAAAACCUAAAAAGAGAAACGAAACACGCUCGGGGAAAAUAUUGAAUACAGAUUUAGUUGACUCGAACCUUCCUAGCCGAAGACAUAAGGACAAGGACAAGAGUAAUACUAAAUAA